GAGAGGGCCUUAGUUUUUAGGACAAAUCCGCCAACCUCCGGCGAAAACUCCUCGGUGAAUGCUUGCGUGAUUUUAGGAAUGCGUCCCAUGCAGCUCCGUCCCGGGGCCCUGAAGGGCUCUGCUGUGUGCAGUCAUCAUGGUCAGCAGCCUAUUGUCGCGCGCGUGGGCGGCGGCAGCAGGCAGGAGCGUAUGCUGUCGGUGGGCGCCGCAGUGCCUGUCGUGAAGCCGGGGACCGUGCAGCACCGAGCUCCUACUGUUAGUCGCAGCAGUGCAGUAGUUGUUCGCUGUGACCAGCGCGGCGCCGGGGAGGAUGGAAUGCGGCUUGCGCACACGGGCGAGGUGCCUUUUAAGAAAAUCCUUUGCGCUAAUCGUGGCGAGAUUGCUAUCCGCAUCUUCCGUGCUGGCACGGAGCUCGGCUUGCGCACGGUGGCCAUCUACAGCCCCGCAGACCGCCUCCAGCCGCACCGCUACAAGGCGGAUGAGGCGUACUGCGUGGGCACAGCCGACAUGCAGCCCGUGGCCUGCUACCUGGACAUGGACACCAUCAUCCGCGUGGCCAAGGAGGCCGAGGUGGACGCGAUCCACCCCGGCUACGGCUUCCUGUCAGAGAAUGCCGUCUUUGCACGCAAGUGCGCGGACGCGGGCAUUGUCUUCAUCGGGCCCAAGCCGGAGACCAUCGAGGCCAUGGGCGACAAGACCGCUGCCCGCCGUGCCGCUCUGGAGUGCGGUGUGUCCGUGGUCCCCGGCACCAACCAGCCUCUGUUCUCCCCGGACGAGGCCAAGGAGUUUGCCACCAAGUACGGCUACCCGGUCAUCCUGAAAGCGGCCAUGGGCGGAGGCGGCAGGGGCAUGCGUGUGGUCCGACACGAGAGCGAGAUGUCGGACGCCUUCAUCCGCGCCUCCAACGAGGCACGAUCCGCCUUUGGCGACGGCCGCAUGUUUGUGGAGAAGUACGUGGAGGAACCGCGGCACAUUGAGAUCCAGAUCCUGGCGGAUCAUUACGGCAAUGUCGUACACUUGUACGAGAGGGACUGCUCGGUGCAGCGCCGCCACCAGAAGGUGGUCGAGAUUGCUCCUGCGCCCAAGUUGCCCAACAAGACUCGCCGUGCCUUGUACGACGAUGCCGUAAAGCUGGCUCGCCACGUGGGGUAUCGCAACGCCGGAACGGUUGAGUUCAUGGUGGACAAGGACGGCAACCACUACUUCUUGGAAGUCAACCCCCGUGUGCAGGUGGAGCACACCAUCACUGAGGAGAUCACGGGUGUUGACAUUGUGCAGAGCCAGAUCAAGAUUGCCGGCGGCGCCAGUCUCAUUUCUCUGGGUCUGGGCACCCAGGCCGAUGUCCCCCCGGUGUACGGCUUCUCCAUCCAGUGCCGAGUCACCAGCGAGGACCCGGAACAGAACUUCCAGCCCGACACGGGUCGUCUGGAGGCCUACCGCAUGCCCGGCGGUCCCGGCAUCCGCAUGGACGGGGCCGUCACCACCGGCAACGUCAUCUCCCGCUACUACGACUCCAUGUUGGCCAAGGUGAUUGCCUCGGCACCCACCUUCAGACAGGCGACACAGAAGAUGCAGCGGGCGCUGAGCGAGUUCCAGGUUCGCGGCAUUAAGACCAACAUCCCAUUUCUGGAGAACGUGAUGCGGCAUCCGGAGUUUCUGUCGGGCGAGGCCACCACUUUCUUCAUCGAGAAGAACCAGAGGGAUCUCUUCAACUUUGAACGACACGGGUCCCUCAGGUCGUCGAAGCUGCUCACCUACCUGGCAGACAUGGUGGUCAACGGUCCCGACCACCCUGGAGCCAUCGGCCCCGAGUCCUCCAAGUUCGUGCCGUCCCCUCUGGCGGUUCCGGAGCACCUGGUCGGCUCCAAGUUGACUGGUUGGCGCGACGUGCUGCUGCGGGAAGGGCCUGACGGCUGGGCCAAGGCGGUGCGAGCACAUAAGGGCGUCCUCAUCACAGAUACCACCAUGCGCGACGCGCACCAGUCCCUGCUGGCCACCCGCAUGCGCACCCAUGACAUGCUGAAGGCCGCCCCCGCCACCGCGCACAUUCUGGCGGGUGCGGGCUCCCUGGAGAUGUGGGGCGGGGCCACCUUUGACGUCUCCCUGCGCUUCCUGCACGAGUGCCCCUGGCACCGACUGGAGCGGCUGCGGGAGCUGGUGCCCAACAUCCCCUUCCAGAUGCUGUUUCGUGGCGCCAACGCUGUGGGCUACACCUCCUACCCGGACAACGUCGUCCGGGAGUUCGUGAAGGAGUCGGUCAAGUGCGGUGUGGACAUUUUCCGGAUCUUCGACUCUCUGAACUACGUGGACAACCUGCUGUUCGGCAUGGACGCUGUUCGCGACGCGGGGGGAGUGGUGGAGGCGACGUUGUGCUACACGGGCGACCUCUCGGACUCGCGGCGGGGCAAGUACCAACUGGACUACUACCUGGACCUGGCGGAGAAGCUGGUGGCCCACGGGUGUCACGCUCUCGCCAUCAAGGACAUGGCGGGGCUGCUGAAGCCCCGGGCGGCCGCCACCCUGGUGGGGGCGCUGAGGGAGAGGUUCCCGGACACCGUCAUACACGUGCACACGCACGACAGCGCGGGUACGGGUGUGGCGACCCAGCUGGCGGCCGCCGCGGCGGGUGCCGACAUGGUGGACUGUUGUGUGGACUCCAUGAGCGGUCUCACCAGCCAGCCCUCCAUGGGCGCCAUUGUCAAUGCGCUGGCGGGCACUGAGCUGGACACGGGGAUCGACCCCGCGGUGAUCAUCCCGCUCAGCACCUACUGGGAGCAGACUCGGGAGCUGUACGCGCCGUUCGAGUCCAACAUGAAGGCCGUCAGCAGUGACGUGUACCUGCAUGAGAUGCCGGGCGGGCAGUACACCAACCUCAAGUUCCAGGCCAUGUCUCUCGGUCUCGGCGACGAGUGGGACAAGAUUUGCAAGGCCUACGCCGGGGCCAACCGGGCGCUCGGGGACAUUGUCAAGGUGACCCCGAGCAGCAAGGUGGUGGGCGAUUUGGCCCAGUUUAUGGUUCAAAACAACCUGGACGAGCACACGCUGGUGGCCAAGGCGGAGUCGCUGUCCUUCCCCUCGUCGGUGGUGGAGUUCAUGCAGGGCUAUCUCGGUCAGCCCUCGUUCGGGUUCCCGGAGCCCCUGCGCUCGCGGGUGCUGAAGGGCAAGCACGUGAUCGAGGGGCGACCUGGCGCCUCUCUAGCGUCCCUCGACCUGAUGGGGCUGGAGUACCGGCUCAAGGAGAAGUACGGCGCUGGCGCCAUUGCCUACCGCGACGUGCUGUCCGCGGCGCUGUACCCCAAGGUGUUUGACGAGUACAUGACCCACACCCUCAAGUACAGCGACCUGAUUGAGAAGCUGCCGACGAGGGCCUUCCUCACGCCGCUGGAGGAGGAUGAGGAGGUGGAGUUUGAAAUUGCCAAGGGUGUUGCGGCAAACAUCAAGUACAAGGCCAUGGGCGAGCUGCAGCCUAAUGGCAAGCGGGAGGUGUUCUUCGAGGCCAACGGAGUGCCCCGCGUGGUGGAGGUGACGGAUAAGAAGGCGGAGCUGGUGGUCGGGAAGAAGGCCGUACGCGAGAAGGCGGACCUGGCGGUUCUGGGCAGUGUGGGUGCCCCCAUGGCGGGUACCAUCAUUGAGGCGAGUGGCAGUGGGGGGGGCCUGUGGGUCUCGGUGAAACCGGGCGCCCAAGUGAAGGCGGGUCAGCAGCUGGUGGUCAUGAACGCCAUGAAGAUGGAGACGGCCAUCUGCGCACCGGUGGCGGGUGUCAUCACGCAGGUGGCGGUGGAGGUGAACGACGCCCUGGACGCGGGCGACCUCGUGGUGUUCAUCGACACCAAGGACGUGGGCGCGGAAGACCCCCUGUCGUCGCGGGAUAGCGACGAGGAGGACCUCGCACCAGCGGCCGGGGACAAGGAACCAGCGCUCGCGGCAUGA